AUGAGUGCAGAAGCACUAGCGAAGCUCUCCCUCAAUGACUCGCAAAUCAAGGAUUGCCUCAAGAAACCAAAAUUCGCAACGUCUUUGCUUGAAGUGCUUGCAGAGUCAGGUGCCGAUGCGACAGACAAACCGACUGGUGCGCUCUUGAUGACGCUGGCGUUGACGGCAGAGAAGAAGAAGCUCGAGCAGAGCAAGCGUGCCUAUAUUGCGCGAGCUAUAGUAGAUGGUCGUAUCAAGACGGCGACUCAACUAGAUGCGGCUAUUGCGUACUGUGUCAGUAUCAAAGACAACCAGGUGGAUGAUGAUUCAUUCGACCAGGCUAGUGGUGUUGGCGUCACUGUCUCAAAGGAGCAAGUACGCGCUGUAGUAGACGACUACUUGACGCUCAACAAGGCCACACUCGAGGAAGAGCGCUACAAGUUCCUCCCAAAAGUAAUGCAGACUGUUCGAGGAGAUGAGCGACUUCGCUGGGCAAACCUCGCAGACCUCAAACCGGCGGUGGAUGCAGCUGUGCUUGCCAUGAUUGGACCCAAGGACGAGCGUGAUCAAGUUGUCAAGAAGAAAGCAGCACCCAAGGCAACCGAGACUGCAGCAGAGAUGACAACGACAACAGAUAUCUUCAAAACAGGCUUCCUUGGCGCUUUGCAUCCUGUUGGUGGCAACCCUCAACUCUCAGAGUCGCUCCGUGAAGCGCACCUACGAGCCUGUGGUGGCAAAGUACAGACGCGAUUUCCUCCAGAACCUAAUGGUUAUCUCCAUAUUGGACACAGUAAGGCCAUCACUGUCAAUUUUGGCUAUGCGCGUGCACACGGCGGUGUCUGCUACCUGAGAUUCGAUGAUACGAAUCCCGAGAAGGAAGAGGAAAAGUACUUUUUGGCGAUUGAGGAGAUGGUUGCUUGGCUCGGCUUCAAGCCAUUCAAAGUGACUUACUCGAGCGACUACUUUGAUGAGCUGUAUACCUUUGCUGAGCAACUGAUCCAGAAUGGCAAGGCAUACACUUGUUCAUGCACAGAUGAGGAAAUCAAGCGAAAUCGCGGCGGAGAGGAACGUGGCCCUCGACUUGCAUGCAAGCACCGUGAUCAAAACCAAGCACUCUCACUUGAACAAUUCAGAGGGAUGCGUGAUGGUGCUUACCCACCACGCUCCAUGACGAUGCGCAUGAAGCAGGAUUUGGAAGAUGGUAACCCACAAAUGUGGGAUCUGAUUGCGUAUCGCGUCUUGAGCACCCCGCAUCAUCGAACAGGCGAUCGUUGGAAGAUUUAUCCAACCUAUGACUUUACCCACUGUUUGGUGGAUUCAUUGGAAAACAUCACACAUUCGCUAUGUACGACGGAAUUUGUGCAGAGUCGUGUGAGUUAUGAGUGGCUCUGCGAUGCACUGGCCGUAUACAAGCCUGCUCAGCGUGAAUAUGGACGUCUCAACCUACAAGGUACCGUCAUGUCCAAACGCAAGAUCGAGAAACUCGUGAAGGACGGAUAUGUGCGAGACUGGGAUGAUCCAAGAUUGUAUACACUGGUGGCCCUUAAACGACGCGGUGUACCGCCUGGUGCUAUUUUGGCCUUUGUUGCAGAGCUGGGUGUGACGACCAAUAUGACGAGUAUCUUGACGGACAAAUUUGAGGCGAUUGUGCGAAACUACCUGGAGUUGUCUGUGCCGCGCCUCAUGCUGGUGCUCGAACCACUCGAAGUGGUUUUGGAGAAUGUUGCAGAUGACUUUGAAGAGGUGUGCGAGGUGCCCUUCAAUACAAAAGAUGCAGCCAUGGGAAGUCACCCGGUGAUACUGACGAAACGAUUCUUCAUUGACAGGUCUGAUUUCAGGGAAGGUUUGAGCAAAGAAGAGCAAGCUGCAUUCUUUAGACUGACACCCGAGCAGCCUGUUGGCCUUGUGCGUGCUGGACAUGCGAUUCGCGUGCUGCACGUUCAACACGACACGAGUGGUCGGCCAACCUGCAUCAAGGCACAUUACCAAACAGAGCCGGAAUAUGCAGGCUUCAAACCACGCACGCAUAUCCAGUGGGUUCCGUCUCUGGGUGCCAUUAAAGCAACAGUGCGCGUUCAGUCUGCUCUGUUCCACUCGGACGAUCCAAGUAGCCAUCCUGAUGGGUUCUUGGCAGAUGUCAACAAGGACAGCGAAGAAGAGUACAAGGAUGCAUUGGUGGAACCUGGCUUCAAACAUGUUUGGCAACAUCGGUCAUGGCCAAAAGCGAAUGCUGAUGCUGUGGCUGCCGGUGAGGCCGGUGCUGUGGCUGCUCAAGCGGAAGCGGAUUCUGCUGUGCCUGGUGCAGAGACGUGUCGAUUCCAGGGUCUGCGCGUGGGCUACUUUGCGGUGGAUAACAAGGAUGCGAAAGUGGAUGGCGAGGGUGAGGGCAUAUUGGUGCUCAACAGGAUCGUCUCGCUCAAGGAGGACACGAGCAGAAAGGCGGUCAACAAGCAAAAGUAA